CUCUCUCUCUCUCCUCUCUCUCUCUCUCUCUAUUUCCCCUCCCCCUUCUCUUUUUUUUUAGUGUACUGUUCUCUCGGUGGCUAACCCCGUGUAUUUAAACGUGUGAUACGUGCAUCAUGAAGAUCGUCAGGGCGAUGAUGCGCCAGCAGUGGCGCGUUUCACGCGUCACCGUCCCGUGACACGACGUCCUCGACGUCGUCGUCGUCGUGUGUGCAGUGUGUACGCGCGCGCUCGACUCGCCGAGACGAGGGGGCCGACGAACGUGUGCGGAAGACGAGGCGGCGGACGGGUGGACAGUAAGUCAGUCAGUCAGUCAGUCAGGUAGACAGAAGGAGCGCGGCAGGGACAGUCAGUCCCGUGAGAAGGCAAGCAGAUCGGCGCGGCCAUUUUUACACACCGCACGAUGCGGCAACCGUGCGUGCUCGUUCGAUCCGCCAUUCCAAACAAUCGGUGCGCUACGUGCCCUCCUCGCAGGAUGCAUCUGACGGCGGCAGGUCGUAAACGCACCGCCGUGCCGCAACGGCGACGAUAAGCGCCGCGCCAGUUGGACGCACGCACAGGACGCGCUGCCCGCAUACGUAAAGGCGGCGCGAGUGCGACACGAUACGCACUGCGAGAGCGACGUGACGUCCCGACGAGGACGACAGGAGGACGACGGCCCGCGGCCGCCGGCAGUGACGGUGAUAGCAGUGCUGGAGGAAAAGGCGGACGACGUCGUCGCCUUGUGGACGAGCGUCAACGGCGACGAAGACGGUGGCGAGGAGGAAGAGGCGGAGGCGAGGCGGCGGAGAAGGAGGCGGUGGACGAGAAGAAGAAGAAGGAAGAGAGGCACGUUGAUCGUGACGAGGAUAAACGAGAGAAUGAUAACGGCGCGCGCGACCGCGACCGCGGCGCGGACGGCUACGGCGAUGAGGACGAACGGAAGGAAACGGAAGCCCCGUAGCGACCGAUCCCGCUGCGCUGAACUUCUUGUGCUUCGUGCGUGUCUGUGAUUCGCAGUGGAUAUCGUAAGCGGAGGAUAUAUAGUGUGUGAACCGUCAUCGGUGGUGCAGCGCCGUCGGACGAUAAUAGUGUACACUGUUCGCUGCCGUGAGUGUGCUUUUGCUACUUUGCGGUUUUCUACGCGCGUGUGCUUGGCCCUGAGAGAAGAAAAAAAAGUGUGCUCGCCGAUCUCGUCGCGACCGUAUCAUUCGCCCGUGCAUUCGCGAAGUGCUCUAUCUCGGUGUUGCUAUUCUCUCCCUUUCGCUCUCCUUUUCUCUCUUUCUUGUACGCGCUUUCGCUCGCUCAACUCGCGCGCGCUCUUUCCCUCUCGCAUGCUCUCUGCCCGUCUGUUCGGCCUGCGUGCGUGCUUCUCGCGUGCCUCUUCGCUACACGCACCCGAACUCUCUCCGCGUACGUCGACCGCUCUGCACGCGCGAUCGAUGUGACAUCGCGCUCUCUCGCAAGCACGCGAUAUCGCGACUUACGCAUCGCGCGCGCCGUGACUUUUACGCACCGCCGAGAGCGAGAGGACUCGUUUCGACGAGCGCAGAGAAAGAGGGACAUCGGAAACCAGAAACGUAUGUACAGGCAUACGCGCAUACGUGUGACAGUGCGUGCCGACGGCAACGUCUCGUGAGUGCGUAUCCCGAGGCAGUGUGGUGCCCUCCCUCCUUCCCCCCGUGUCCUGUCCCUUCCCCGUUUGUCCCUACCACCUCCCCUCGCUCUAUCAGUGCCCUGCGCCCCUUCGCCCAUCGUCUUCCUUUCUUCCUCCCCGCCGUCCUUCCCCCGUGCUCUCCCUCUCUUUCCCGUCCUCGCCUUUCUUUCUCUCGCUCUCUCCGUACCCCCCUUCACUCUCUCCCUUCUGUCUCUCUUCCCAUCGGUCGAGACGACCAUAGAAUGCACGACGACGUUGCCACGACCAUCGUUCCUGUCGUCUGCUCACGUACUGCCUUUGUCGUCGUCGUCGCUGACGUCGCCGUCGUCGUCCCCGCGCCAUACGUUUGCGCCGACCACGAGGCAGCGCACCGCGGGUGAUCGCGAGUACCAUCGUCCCGUUGGACGUUCCAGUGAAGUGCCGGUGUGGUCGUGCGAAAAUGGAGAUCGAGGCGAAGCAGCGUAGCCAGAAGAAUCGCCGACGGGAGCGGGCGCAGCGCAUGCUGGCGCAGAGGGAGAGUCUGGCCACCGCGAAGCAGCAGCAACAGCAACAGCAGCAGCAACAGUCACAGCAGUCGCGACAACGGCCGCCGAACGAUGAGGAGGACAGCCACAGCGGCGAGGACGAGGAUCCCGCCGGCGGUGGAGGCGGCGGCGGCGGCGGCGGCCUCGGACUCGGACUCGGUGCCAAGACCGGUCAUCCACGGGACGGACACUCGCGGCCGCCCAGGCCGCCGCGACCCCCUAGGCCCCGCAAGAAGUCUUCCCUCGUCAACGCCAUCCCGAAGGAGGCACUCUUCGAGGAGGACAUUAUCGACGGAUUCGCCAUCCUCGCCUUCCGCACGUACGAGGAGCUCGAGAGUGCAAUAAAGUUAGCCGGUAAAAAUAAUGUCAAGAAACUGCACACAUUGCUAUCGAUAGUGGAAGAGAAGCCAAAGGUGGACACAGGACAGAAUAACAGGCACAACGAGCACCACAUCAAAAACAAUUUCAAGCACAACCAUUAUACACAUAAUUCCAUACUGACACCCUCGACGUUAAACCAGGGCCUAGAUGCAGGUACAAGCGACGACAGCGGCAGAGCGUCUGAACAAUUGCACGGCCCUGGUAUACCUAGGGAUUGCCAGGACGCAGACAGUUCCAGGGACCAUCUCAGCGAUGCUAGCAGUCAUUGCAGUUCGGGUAAAGGUUAUAUCUGUGAUAGUGAAGGAGAAGACGAUAAGGGCUCGGAUGCCGAAUCGAUACUCUUUGAAUCUUCUACCCCACCACCUCUUGCACGUAAAUACGAAUUGCCGUCUUCUUCGCCACACGUUUUGCCACCCGCAAACGGAGCAGGCGGAUCUCCACCGGACACGGGUGGGCAAAUUUCUAAUCCAGCAACGGAUGCUCCGGCACCUAUACCACCUCCUGUGCCUGCAUCUGCACCAGUUCCAACAGCGCCGAGUCCUCCCAGCCCCACGUUGCCCCCACACAUAUCCCAGCCUCCUAUGACUAGUCCUUUGGCAGCGAAUCCACGUGCAAUAGCUCCGCAACAGCGGCCAGCUUCCCCCGCUCUGCCACCACCCUCCCUGUCCCAGCAGCCGCACACUACGAUACCUGCAUUGCAUCCACCUAAUGUGCCCCUCGUCUCGUCGAGUCAUACAACUAGUCCAGCGGUAGCCAGUUUAGGUGUCACGCCGGCAGCACCAUCGAACGGAGCGGCCACCACGAGCUAUCCGCCGCCCAUUCCCAUUGCCGCGUAUCCGCAGACGCAGCCGUCGUAUCCACCGCUCUACACUCCGUACACCGCUUUAAAUCACAGCCCGUACCUCCCUCCCGCGGUACCAUCCCCUUCUCACUCCGCCUCGUCGCGCGCGGACGUGAGAGGGAGCAGAGCUUCCCCCUGUACCAAUAUAAGUAAACAGACCAUAGGAAAUAACCUCGCGAGUCACAAUAAUACUCCACUGAGCGCUGCCACCACAACAUGUGUAUCUACUAUAACUAAUACAGUUACCACGGCAAACUCUAUCGCCCAUAGAGACAUGGUGGCCUGCAGUCUAUCCGGACGAAACAAUAACUCCCCACGUGGACACAGUCCCAGCCGGGAAAGAGAUAGUUACAGCAGCAACGUGAGUAGUCUAAGUCGGGGCAGCAUAACGCCUGUUAGUGUGCCAAACACCUCGUCUCCAGCCAAUUCUAGUCUACCCGCAUACACCAAGCCACAAGGUUGGAUUAGCAGCAACACAGCUUCUCAAUUAUCGCCGGCGACAGCUACGUCUGUUCCGAGGCCAACUCCACCACCGGUGCCGCCACUCGGCAUGCAUACAUUUCCACCUCCGAUGUUUGCAGCUCCUUUACCGCCACCUGUGUCUAGCUCGAGCCCGCAUACUUCACUGCCUUCGCUUCCUCCACCGACGACUAAUCCCAAUCCGUUCUCCGCGGAGUCUCUUUUCCAAACAAAAGGGGUGACACAUGUUACAGGUCAAGCAGAUCUUUUGAGAAGAGAACUCGAUAGCAGGUUCUUAGCGUCUCAGGACAGAAGUGUUGGGGUGGGAAAUUUGGGUCCACCGGCGUAUCUCCGAACGGAAAUGCACCAUCAUCAGCAUCAGCACACGCAUGUACAUCAACAUACGACGCCGUUGUUACCGUCGGCUGCAGCGACAACGCUUUUUCCACCUCCAAUUUUCAAGGAUAUCCCGAAAUUGGGGGGAGUCGAGUCGCCAUUUUUUCGUGGAAACUUAAACCUUUCUGGUUAUUCUGGUUUUAACACUGGCCUUCUUCAUCCCGGAAUCGGCCCGCCUUCGACGCCCUUUGUGCCACCUAAUCAUUUAACUACAUUUGCGCCAAAGAAAAGUGGAAAAUGGAAUGCGAUGCAUGUACGUAUCGCGUGGGAAAUAUACAAUCAUCAGCAAAAGCAACAGGCUAUUGAUGCAAAGGCUGCAGGAAAUGUCGUUAAUACCAAAACUGAGUUAUUAAGACCACCGGGGCAUCUUUAUGCGGGAGGGCCGGGCGGUGGUCUUGGACUCGGCGCACCAUCAAUGGCACCUCCAUUUCCCACUAACAUGCCACCCACCCAUCCUGCACCACCUCCACCUCAUCCUGUCGGUUUUCUGUCUACACCGGCCUCACAUUUAGGUAAUAGAGGAACAGGAAUGUCUCCUUUCGGAAGAUACCCGUCGACAUUUGGCGCGCCGAAUCACAAUUUCCCGGGUCUUUCAACUUUCCCGCCAAGAGAAAUGGGAGGACCUCUGGGUGGACUCGGUUCAGUGCACGAUCCAUGGCGAGGAUUGCAACGCGCUACCACCGGAUUUCCACCGACCACUGUUUCGUGGGGUUUGAAGCCGGAACCACCCGCGAUAGACAGACGCGCCGAGUUGGAGGAACGGGAGCGCGAACGCGAACGCGAAAGGGAACAACGCGAACGGGAGCGUGAACGUGUCGAACGGGAGCGCGAGCGUAUCAGACGCGAGAGGGAAAGGGAGAGGGAGAGAGAAGAGCAGCGCGAGAGAGAAAGACGGGAACGCGAGAAGGAGGAGAAGCGAAAACAGCAGGAGGCAGCGGAGCGGGAGCGAGAGAGGCGGGACAAGGAACGCCGUGAGAUGGAGAGACGCGAGAUGGAGCGCGAGCGGCUGCUUCAUCAGAACCGACAGCACGUGGUCGUCUCCCGCGAUCGUUCGCCCCUGAGAAACGGCGCGGCGCCUCUCGACACCGGAGAAAUACGCGUGAAGGAAGAGCCGCGCAGCAAAGACGACGAAGUCGUGAUGCUCCCACGACCGCCGGUACCCGCGCCCGGAGCGACAGGGCCCGCGCAAGGACCUGGACCAAAUCCACUGCCCGACCCGAGGUAUCACCAUCCGCAUCCGCAUGCCUAUCUCACGAGGCAUCCGCACAGUAUGCAAGCCUCGCAUUCCAUGCCGCGCAGCAUGCUUCCGAGUCUGAGCGCACAUCAGAUGCAACACUUUCCACCGCCAUCCGGGCCCACCGGCCAGCCGGGGGCCCCUUGGCCGGGCGAUCCCUUCCGCGAUUACCGGUACGAUCCGUUGCAACAGUUACGGUACAAUCCGUUGAUGGCGGCGUUCAGAGCGGAGGAGGAGGAGAGGGCGAAGCUGUACGCCAGUUAUCCUCCGCCGCCGGUGAACGCUCUGAGGAGUAAAGAUCCUAGUCCGGGUCCGCUCAGCAAUUUGCAUAUGCAUCAUAGGGCGGGGCCCGGUCCGGGAGUGCCAGCGCGCCCCCUCGAAAACGCCCUCAUGCACGCGGACAUUCACAAGAAGGAGGAUGGACCACAGUCCCGAUGAUACAUCGUCCCGGCAUCCUCGAGCGAACGCACCAACGGACCGACACUCUGAGCCCCCAACGCCUCCCGCAACGCUCGGAACCCGGUGCUGAUAUUUUGCUAACAGAGAAGAAGCGUUAUUUAAAAAGAAAACAAAGUGUAUAUAGAUAUUAUAUAUAUAUAAUAUUUAUAGUUAUCGAGGAAAGGAGUGCGGAAGGAAGAAGGCGUAGGACUUCUACGGACAGAAUGUAACAAAGAUGCCUUGCUAAUAAUGCCGGUGUUCCACCGAUAAACACGGCAGUUGCUAAUGAUGAUAUUUCACAAAAGGAACUUCUGAGGCAUCGCUGAUGUGUCACAAAUAAUAUAACGUUGACGUUAUGUGAUUUUCUGCAGUUUCGGUGAUCUGACUGUCUAUAGUAUGGUAACGAGCUAAUUACUACGACAACUAUGCGUACAUACUUUAAAAAGUAUCGUGUGUAAUAUUAAUAGUUAUAGUUAUGCGAGGCGAUGGCUACGUAAAAAGGAAAAAAAAAACAAAUCCAAGUUAGGGGAAAAAAAAGUUAAGCGGAUCUCUAUUAUUAUUCAAAAAUUAUUUAAUUAUUUAUUUAUUGUGACGUAUAAACGAACUUGAAUCUCUAUUACUGGCGUACGAAUGCGGACGUAAUAUUUGCCCUAAUUUAAUCGAUGUAAUAUAAAAACGAUCGAAUGUAAAUUUUACUUAGAUUUUAAUUUGUAUAUUAGAGGCGAUAGAAAAAGAAAGGAGAGGGCAUAUAUGAAAACGAAAAGUGUUCUUUGGCUUUCGGCAGCACAUGCUUUCUUUUAUUUGCAUGCUGGCUACAGCAGCACUACGGUGCUUUCCUGUGAUAUAAAAAAAGACAAAUGUUUCAUGAAUAGUAAAUUAUUAAUUUCCUAUCGUAAAUUAUGUGACCAGAGUUGACAGGUGCAAAUAAAAAAGAAAUCAAACUACCUUCGACAAAAUCAUGGCGAUUAGAUGUUCUUGUUUGAAAACACACAGACUUACGCUUGAUGUAACAGCAGUUUGUCCGUGCCAAAGUGCUUCAAUCAAAGAAUAUUGAACAUUGAAUAUUACAGACAUAUUUAAAAUCUAUUUCUUUUGUAUAUUACAAAAAGUUAUAGCGAUUUUAUCUAUCUCUUUUUUAAUCAUACUUAUUGAUUCUCAGCCAUAUGCGUCGUUGUGUUAGAGAGCCAAUAUAAUGAGAUCUCUUAAGAGUUCUGUGCCAUGGAUCAGGUUACAUUGAGUAAUCCUGGUGCCUCAAAAGAAGAGAAUGGACUUUUUUUGAAUAAUCAGGUUUUCAGACUCCGUUUCGUUUAUACUGUAAAAUCACCAUAAAACUGUAUAUUAUACAAUUAAUAACUAUACACGCAGUUUAAAAAUUGUAGAUAUUUUUCAUCGAUGCAAAGUUAUACAAUGUGAUGCAAUGAUUUUGUUCAUGUAGAUAUCGCGAAGUAUAAAAGAGGAUUUUGUGUGAAUAGGUUUUUUCUAAAAUUGAUUCUUUGUAAAAGGAUCUAAUAAUCAUAGUUUCUAUCAAU